CAUUUUCAAGAUGGCUGCGCCCUGAAAAACGUGAAUAUUUUUCAAAAUUUCUUGAAAUCGUUGUAAUUCGCUAUAAAUAUGAGUUUUAAAGAAUAUAGACCGAAUAUACUCGAUGGAGAUACCGUUGUGCUGUUCAUGGGUCAUGCCAACAUGCUCUCUUUGAAACUGCAAAAAGGGGAAGUAUUCCAAACAAAAUUUGGAGCACUUCAUCAUGACGAUGUGAUUGGAAAGAAGUAUGGGAGUAAAGUUAGAACAGGGAAAGGGUUUGUUUACGUGUUGCAUUUUACACCAGAAUUAUGGACUCUCAAUCUUCCUCACAGGACUCAAAUUUUGUAUGCAACUGAUAUCAGUAUGGUGACAAUACAGUUGGAUCUCAAACCUGGAUCUAUCGUUGUGGAAUCAGGGACUGGUAGUGGAUCUCUAUCUCAUUCCAUCAUCCGUGCUAUAGCUCCGACAGGACAUCUCCACACUUUCGAGUUUCAUGAAGAGCGAUCAAAGAAAGCAAGAAAGGAAUUUGAUGACCAUGACAUUGGAGAGUAUGUAACUGUGCGACAUCGUGAUGUUUGUGAGAAUGGGUUCGACCUUGAGCAUGUGGCUGAUGCAGUGUUCCUUGAUCUGCCUAGACCGUGGGAUGCUCUUGUGUCUGCUAAAACUGCAUUGAGGAAAGAAGGUGGUCGUCUCUGCUCUUUUUCUCCAUGCAUUGAGCAAGUCCAAAAAUCAUGUGAAAAAUUACGGGAUUUGGGAUUCACAGAAAUUGUUACACUAGAAUGCCUUUUAAGGCCAUUUAAUGUGAGUAACGUAUCACUCCCGAUGCCUCAAAUGUCCUCCAUGAAGAAACGUAAAUACGAAACUGAUGCCGAAGAUUGUGAUGGUGCAACUAAAGUUUUAAAACAGCCUGAUGGUAACUUGAAGGAAGAUGAUGAUCCUCAAAAAGAUGAAGUGAAAAAUAAAGGUUCUGAGACAAAGAAUGUAGUAAAAGAUGAGGAAUCUGAGAUUUUUAAUCUGAGACCGUAUGUGGACUCUCACGAUGCAGUGACAAUAUGUGGUUCUAAUGCAAAAUUUAAAACAGGGAUCCCCCCGACAUUGAUGCCUGGCCAUACAGGCUAUUUGACAUUCGCAACACUUUUGCCAUAUGGAUAAUAGGUGUUAUACAAUAUGGGUCUAAAUUAUUUUCAUCAGAACAGAACUGAGUGAUUUAUAUAUUCAAACUAGCAUUUAACGAAGAAUACAAGGAGGUAAUAAUGAAAUGUGCAACACACUUGAUGAUGGCACAUCUCUCAAUGUGAAUUAUCAAACAUUUAUGUUGUGUACAUAAAGUACAAAAUGCUGGUAUUUGGUAAACAAGGAAAAUCAUAUUGAAUAGAAAGGUAUUUGACAGAUGAAAAUAAAUGACAUGAUUUAUGUUUUU